AUGGAUUAUAAUGAUGAAAGCUCGUCAACAACCGAUAUAAUUCAAAUUGUUAAGAAACCAAAAAUAUCUUCACUAUGUAAAGUUUGUGGAACUGAAGGUGCACAAAUUCAUUAUGGUGCAUUAUGUUGUGUAUCAUGUAAAAUGUUUUUUCGUCGAAAUAUACAAUUUGAUUUAGAUAUUCAUCAAUGUGUUUUUAAUGAAAAAUGUGAUAUAACAAUAAAUAGUCGACGUGCAUGUCGUUAUUGUCGUUUACAAAAAUGUUUAGCGAUAGGAAUGCAAAGAGAAUUAUUACGUGCAUCCCAUUGUCGUCAAGGAAAAUCUGAUGUUAAAACUGUUUCUUUAUUACCUCCAAUUGAUUUACGUUAUAAUAAUCGUUCAGUAUUAACAGAUAAUCAAUGGUCUCAUUUAUCAAAUAUAAUUAAUGCUUAUAAUACAAAAUCUCCUGUUGGACAUGUUCGUCAAUUAUUAUCUACACAAUCUAAACAUCCAAUAAAAGUACGUUUUAAAAUGGACAAAACAUAUUUUUUAGAUAUAAUUAUAUCAAUAUAUCAAUCAAUAUUACCAUUUGUUGAAACAUUACCAGAAUUUCAAACAAUGCAUAUUCAUGAUCGACGAGAAUUAAUUGAUCGAAAUCUUUCAUAUGUUGGAGGUUUUAAUAGUAUUCUUGUUUUUCGUGAUGCAGAAGUUGUAUCUAGUACAGCAUUUAAAAAUGGAUUUCCUUCAAUUUAUGGUUCGACAAUUGCAAAUGAAGCUAGUAAUGUUGCUCAUCGAACUGAUAAUGAUGUUACAUUGAUUAAAUUAUUCAUACCUGUUUUAUUAUUUUCAACUUCAUAUUAUGGUUUAACAUCAAAUACUGUAAAUAAUAGUUUUCAAUUUAAUCGAACAGAGAUGGAUUCAGUUUUUUCAAAUACAAAUCGUUUAUUUUAUAUUCAAAAUAUUUAUAUUGAAAUAUUGUUUAAAUAUAUGAUAUAUCGAUUUGGUUAUUAUGAAGCAUCAUUGCGGUUUGCUGCUCUGGUUAAAAGUUUUCUUGAUCAAAGUAUGUGUAUUUUACGAGCUGGAGAAAUUCAAGCACAUGAUCAAGUAAUUCAAACAAUUGUUAAAAAAACUGAAGUAGCAUUAGCAUUUGACAGUGAUUCGAUGGAUUAA